AUGUCUGAACAAGUAAAAACAACGGCCGAUGAGGCUCCAAUGACAAAGGAACGUAAAGUCCCAUUAGAUCCGGAAGAACAUCUCGGAAACGCCGGAUUGCCACGUGCUUGUAUCGCUGCGUCUCGAGAGCAUCCCCAAGGCUCUUCUGGAAGAAAAUCAAAUAAAUCCGCAAAAACCCAUGAUUUAGGAUUUAAUAUCUUCUUUAGUAUUUUCGUCGCUACGGUCAUUCAUGGUAGCUUCUCUUAUGUUACCCAAAAAAGCUGGAUACCAUUCCUUGGUAACCCAUUUUUUAAUAUAUACAUUGAAGGCAUUCAUAAUGCUAAACAUGGAUCGGAUUCCGAAACCUAUGACACGGAGGGUCGAUUUGUUCCCGAGAAAUUCGAAGAGAUCUUUUCGAAAUAUGAUCGAAAUAACAAAGACGGAUUGAAUUUUACCGAUAUCAUCCAUAUGAUGCAUGUUAAUGCUAAUUUAUUUGAUCUUUUUGGUUGGUUCGCUACCGCUCUUGAAUGGGGAACUUUGUAUAUGUUGUGUGUAGAUAACAAAGGAAUUAUUAAUAAGGAAGAUGUGAGAGCGUGUUACGAUGGAAGUCUCUUUUAUAGAAUGUCAAGCCUAAAUCAACAAAACAAAGUCGGUGGUUGGCUUAAGCCGGGAAUCACUUCUUUAAAAAGUCAAACCGAGGAAUAA